UUUGAGGUUAUGUGACGUCAGGCUGUCAGGGCGAGUUUUUUUUGCGUAGAGACAAAAGAAAAAUCGUGAAAAUUCCAAUUAGAAGUGAAAAAUAAACAAUGUCCAGUUCAGAAAGUGAAGCAUUUGAGAGUGCAGAUGAAGAUUUUGGUGUUGAAACAAAGAAAAGUGAUGUGAAGCCCGUUGAAAAGGCUAAAAAGGAGAAAAUUGUGGCUGCUGAAGAAAAUCCACAGAGUGAUGACAACAAAACAGGAAGCGUGGCUAGAAAAUCGUCAUCAGAAAUGCAUCAUGGGCUUCUAGAAGCAAUGGAUGACACUGCAUCAAAUCCAACGGCUGAAGAGAAAUUAUCUGAAGACCUCAAGUCGAAUGAGAAGGAUAAAAAGGAUUCAGAAAAAUUGAAAGUUGAGGAUCAGGGAAAGGACAAAAUCCAGCCAGAAACAAAGAUUGAAAAGCCGAGUCGGGAUGAAAAAUCAAAGCCCUUGAAGUUGGGAAUGAAACUUGGCUCCAAAGUUCAACCUCCAAAGGAAGUGGAAAGCAAGAAGCCAGAAAUUGAGCAACCAGCAGUAUCAGAGAAAACGGAAAAGUCAUCAGGCGAUGAUUGGGAUUUUGACGAUUGGGGUGAUAAUGAUGCAAUAGAUGAUGGCAAAAAAGACGAAGCUGUAUCUGAGGACAAAGAAGGAUGGGAUAGAGAUGACUGGGAAUCGGAUGAUUGGGAGAAACCCACAAAAUCAGAUGCAGAAGACCCAACAAAACAAUCCGGAAGUAAUUUGUACAGUGUUUUCCCAGUUCUAUCGGAAAUCUCUCAAGAUAAGCAUGUGGAGCAGGAUAAGAAUUCGGGGAUUUUUCAAAAUAUUUCCAAGAAGAUCAUUAAACCCUCCCAGGGAACUUCAUCCUAUGAUACUUUUCCCGUUCUCAAUGAAUUGGGUGGGAAGAAGUCAUUCAGUGAACCCCCAGUGCAGGACUUCCAGCAGAGAAAUACAGAGGAAGUGACCAAUGUUCUUGAUAGACUCUCCAAGGAUACCGCUAAAACGCAAUCAUGGGGCUGGAAACCCUGGGGUGGAUUCUCAACGCUCCUCUCAACUGCCACUGAGGGUGUGGCAAAUCUUACUCAUGGCAUCUCAUCUGUAAUAGAAUCCGGGAUUGGUGUACCAGAUCCUGCAGAAUUGGCAAAAGCCCAGAGGGAGGAAGCUGCCAAAAGGGGUGAAGGUGACGCAGCAGAUGAAAAAACUGUUACCCCAGUGUCAGAAUCUUCAGAGAGAUCUCUCAAAUUCGGACAUAUCGUCUCAGGUGUUCAGCAAAUUGGUACUAAAGUAAUUUCCGGUGGUUUAGACACUCUCGAAGGUAUAGGGAAGAAAACAAUGACAAUCCUUCAGGAAAAUGAUCCAGGUUUGAUGAAUAAGAGGAAGAUGUUGGGACUUGAAGGGGAUCGACCAGUUCUAAGCCAGAUACUGCGGGAGGCAAAGGAAAAGUCCGAAGAAGCAGAGCGACAGAUGAAGUUAAUGCAAAAGCACUACCGGAAGCAAGUUCACUUUGAAACACUCUUCGAUGAUUACUGUGGUCUCGUUCAUCUUGAAGCACUGGAAAUCCUUUCGAAGCAAUGCGUCCUGAAACUUCAAUCUCUCUUGGCACCACUUACGGGCAAGGCAUUGCAAGAGAUGCAGGAAACCAUUGGUGAGGUGAAGGAACUCUGUGAACUUCCGGAAAUGGAUGCAGAUGAUUCAGAUGAAAUGCAUACGGUUGAUGAGUUAAGGGAUAAAUUUGCAACAGCCGUCGAAGAUUUGGGCAUUGAGGUGGAUUUCCGAGAGAUCCUCGACAGCUGGCAAAAUUACACGGGCUGGCUGUUGGAGAAGAAUAUCAAAUCUACACGGGAAGUCUACGACAAAGCUCUACACUGCUUAGCCGAAACUACGGCUCUUUGUGUUUCCAAAAUGCACAAAUUGGCUGAAUUACUGCUUGUCCUGGAUCAUCAUAGCACGGCUAAUGAAGCUGAUAGCUUGGUGCAACUCACAGUGAUCUUCUGCUGGCACCUCAAUGGCAUUGCCGGGAAAUUUGGAACCCUUCUCAGUGGACCAGGUGUACGGGUGGAUAGUGCGGAGGAAGCAGAUGACCCAAAUGCCUUAAUAACGUCGAUUUUCCUUGAAGGCUCCAACAGUACUUCCUACAUUCAGAAUGCUUUCCAACUCUUCAUACCCAUCCUCCAGCUUGGGGCUGCAUAAACAUCACUUUUUGUAUCCGGAAAAUCCUUAUCCUUAAUUUCUUUUUUUUUGUAUGAAAUACAUUAUUAUGCAAUUUCAAUUGAAAA